UCUAGCCCGAUCCCCGAGUUUAGCUACUUAUAUAACUAACUACUUGUUCCUGUGGUUGCUACACUACUUCGGUCCUGUUUUGUCUUAAUUUACUACUGUCACUCUCACUCUCACCAACAAUACGCACAGUACAGUCCGUCGCUUAUAAACACAGCAUGUCACAAACAGCUCGCCGAUUCGCUCAGAUCGUCAAACUGAGGCCUCAGCACCUCGCUGAGUAUAAGGAGGUCCACGCCAGAGUCUGGCCCGACGUCCUCAAGCAGAUCCAAGAGUGCAAUAUUCGAGACUACAGCAUUUUCUACGAUGAUCAGAGCCACAUUCUCUUCGCCUCGUUCAAAUACAUCGGCUCAGAUUACAGUGGCGACAUGGAAAAGAUGGCAAAGAACCCCCGUGUGAGGGAAUGGUGGAAGAUGACAGACGCUUGGCAGGAGAGUCUCGUGCCUGGUGCAGUGAGCUCUGAGGCUGGCGAGCCUUCUUGGUGGAAGCCAGUUGAGGAGGUCUUUUAUCAGCCUUAGGGUGAAUAGAAAUAGAAUGCAACAUAAAAUUCAGGAAUGGUAUAAAGAAAAGUCACAGACACUCCGGACUCAUAAAGAGCUUAUGAUUCAAAUCUCUUUACGAUUCAUGGCAUCGAGUAUCAAGUCCCGAGGCCUCCAUCUUUUGGUACAACGCCC